AUGGGAACCAACAUGAGCAACACCACCACCACCACCACCACGAACGACAGCAGUGACAGCAGCGACAACUCGGCACCUCCAACACAGCCGACGUCCAGGGGACCCGUCACGGAUAGAACCAAGGUCAACUACGUUCCUCAGAGCAACGACCCGUCGUCGUUCCAGUACUAUCCAGACGAUCCGGAGAACCCGGUCAAUAAGUACAAGUUCGCGCUCAAGGGCGAUAGUCAGUAUUACGAUCCCUGCGAGGAGUCUUCCAAGCUCAGCUUUCAGUGCCUCGAGCGCAACGGCUACGACCGGACUAAGUGCCAGGACUACUUCGAUGCGUACCGCGAGUGCAAGAAGCAAUGGCUCACAGCCAGGCGGAACAACAGGCAGCAGUGGGAGUGA